GGACCACAAAUGAUCGUCUGGCGCCUUGCCGCGGCCUUGCCCACCGCCAGUGUUGCCACGUCAACAGGCAAACCAUUACCGCCAAACACCCGUUGCAAAGGGUUGCUGGCGCCUCGUGGGACUUUGGGCCUUCUUCUGUGGUGCCACCGCCAGCAAAGGAAGAGGGGCGUGGCCGGGCCCCAGCGGUGCGUUUUGAAAGCCGGGCGCCGAAAUGCAGCGGCGCGGGGUAUCGCCGCUUCAAUUCGCACCUACCCCGUGCGCGAGGUGCUCUACGUUGUCUUUAUCAGGAGACUGAAUGAGCGUGUCUGACGGCGAGACGCGCAGACGGCCAGACACACGGUGGGAAGGGGCCAUAGCCACCGCAGGCACCAGGCGUGCGCGCCACCGAACCAACAUGAUCUCCCCGGAGGACGUCGACCGCGUGCUGCUGCAGGUGGGCAAGUUCGGCCGCUUCCAGUUCAUCAACUGCCUCGUGGUCAACAUGCCGAUCAUGUUCUCGGCGCUCUACAGCCUGGCCUACGUGUACACCGCCCAGGACCUCGUCUACCGGUGCCUUGUCCCCGAGUGCGAGUCCAGCUCCGCGGCCUCCGCGGCCUUCUCCCCGCCGUGGCUGCCGACCGCGGUGCCGUUCAAGGCCGGCGUCCCCGAGCCCUGCGACCGCUUCCAGCCGCUGCUCAACGCCACCGAGGCCGUCGCCGAGGCCGGCAGCUGCUCCGCGCGGUUCGACACGGUGCCGCAGCGAUGCGGCCAGUGGGUGUACGAACCGGGCCAGCGGAGCACACUGGUCAACGAGUGGGACCUAACGUGUGAGGACAACAAGUGGAAGCUGUCCCUGGUGGGGACCAUCGGGUCCGUGGGCGCCUUCAUCAGCAUGCCCGUGUCUGGGUUCGUGUCGGACAGGUUCGGCAGGAAGACGCUCUUCGUGUGGGCGUGGGUCCUCGCGUCGCUGUCGGGCAUCAUCCAGUCCUUCUCCUCCAACUUCAUCAUGUUCCUGGUCUUCGAGUUCUGCAACUUGUUCUUCGAGGCGGGCGUCUACGCCGCGGGCUUUUUGCUCGCGAUGGAGUUCGUGGGGCCGAAGCAGCGCGUGCUGCCCACCACGGUGCUGAGCAUCUUCUACUCGAGCGGCAACGCGGUGCUGGGCGGCCUGGCCUACGCCGUCCGGGACUGGCGGUGGCUCCUUCGCGCCAUCUACGGCGGCGGGCUGCUGUUCGCGCUGCCGCUCUGGUUCACCCCCGAGUCCGUGCGCUGGCUGGCCGCCAAGGGCCGCCUGGCGGAGGCCGACGCCAUCGUGGCGAGGGUGGCCGCCAUCAACAAGGUGGCCGUCGGCGAGACGCUGUCCAGUGUAGCCGACCGGCAGGCCGGGCAGGCCUCGAAGGCGGUGGGCAAGCAGUCGGGGGAGAGCCAGGAGGCCAGCACGCUGCACAACCUGGUGGCCGUCUUCAAGUCCGCCUCUUUGAUGAUCCGCUUCAUCAACUGUUGCUACUGCUGGAUGGCCAACACGUUCGUGUACUACGGGCUGUCCCUCAACGCGGCCACCCUCUCGGGCGACCAGUACGUCAACUUCAUCCUGUCGGGGCUCGUCGAGAUCCCCGCCAACAUGCUGGCCCUCUGGCUGCAGGAGGCCGCGGGCAGGCGGGGGUCGCUGGCGGGGACCCUCAUCGUGGCCGGGGCCAGCUGCCUCGCCUUCCUGGUCAUUCCCACAGAUGUGCAGUGGGCACAGAUACUAGUGUACAUGCUGGGCAAGUUCGCCAUCACCAUCUCCUUCUGCGUGAUCUACGUCAUCACCGCGGAGAUGUUCCCCACCAACGCGCGGAACUCCAUGAUGAGCUACGGCUCCACCUUCGGCCGCGUCGGCACCAUCCUCGCGCCGCAGACUCCACUGCUGGCGUCGAUCGACGAGUCCCUGCCCCUGACCCUGUUCGGCGUGGUGUCCCUGUCCAGCGGGCUGCUGGCGCUGCUCUUCCCCGAGACCAGGGGGCGGCCGCUGCCCGAGACCACCGAGGAGGCCGAGAAGAUGACCGUCGUGGACUGCAAGACCUGCCUUCCGUGCACGACAUGAAGCUCGCCAGUUUGCUGUUAUCCGCGUCGAAUAAAAUCUGCCGUGCGAA